GGCGGCAAGAACCGCAGAAGGGGUACCAAGGAGAACGACGACCAGCGUCGUGAGCUCACCUUCAAGGAGGAUGGCCAGGAGUACGCCCAGGUCGUCAAGAUGCUCGGAAACGGACGCCUCGAGGCACUAUGCUUUGACGGAAGCAAACGUCUAGCCAACAUCCGAGGAAAGAUGCGCAAGAAGGUGUGGAUCAACCAGGGAGAUAUCAUCCUCCUGUCGCUCCGCGACUUCCAGGACGGCAAGGGCGACGUCAUCCUCAAGUACACCGCCGACGAAGCCCGAACCCUCAAGUCGUAUGGCGAGCUUCCCGAGAACGCCAAGAUCAACGAGACCGACACCUUCGGCCAGGGAGAGGACGGCGAGGCCUACUUCGAGUUCGGCGACGCUGACUCGGACGAGGAGGAAGAGGGAGGUGCCGACGGCAAGAAGGAGGUUGACAUUGACGACAUUUAA